UCUGCAGAAAGGGGGGAAGAGCUUGUUUAUCGUACCGGGGCGAAGGAGAGAAAGAAAGUGGUGGAGUGGGACGGCUCGCGGUUGUUUGGGUCACACUGGGACAGACGGUGUGUAUCAACUGUUUCGGAGUGCUGUCCUGCUCCACUCGAUCUCCCACCCCGGCACCGCUCCAUACAGCAGAGACCGGCCGCUUGCUUUGCUCCGUUGUCGACAUGAGCACUCCGGCGAGAAGGCGGCUGAUGCGGGAUUUUAAACGACUGCAGCAGGACCCCCCGAGCGGAGUGAGCGGAGCCCCUUCGGAGAACAACAUCAUGGUGUGGAACGCGGUCAUAUUCGGGCCUGAAGGAACACCUUUUGAAGAUGGAACGUUCAAGCUAACUGUGGAAUUCACCGAGGAAUACCCCAACAAGCCUCCUACAGUCCGAUUUGUCUCAAAAAUGUUCCACCCAAAUGUGUAUGCUGACGGCAGCAUAUGCCUCGACAUUCUACAGAAUCGCUGGAGUCCCACCUAUGAUGUGUCCUCCAUUCUCACUUCCAUACAGUCUCUGCUGGACGAGCCAAAUCCCAACAGCCCUGCAAACAGCCAGGCAGCCCAGCUGUACCAGGAAAACAAGCGGGAGUAUCAGAAGCGAGUGUCAGCUGUUGUGGAACAGAGCUGGGGAGACAGUUGACCAUGAUGUGCUUUCCAAAGGACCCGCCCCCCCCAUCUUCUCUUCUUUCUUUCUUUUUUUAUGCACUUUAAAGCUCAUACUCCUUCCAGCAGCUGUGCGUAUUCCCCUGUAGAGCCUGGAGUGGAUUGCUCUGCGGGACACACCAUCUGCCCAGUGUGGCUACAAUCUUUCGUCUUCACCCCAGAAUCUUACUCCAGUUGUCUCAGUAUUACGUUGUCCAAAUUUGCACUUGUUUUGUACGGGAUGCUAAUAAGGAUGCGAAAGAAUUGUAAUACAAACAAUGCACAAAGUGCCUUUUUCAGAAUGAUAUUGAUGUGUAUGCAUCUGCUAGGGGAUCUAGCAACAGGGGGCUAUAGAGUGCUGUGCUGGUGUUGUGUGUGUAUGUGAGAGCCAACUAGACCAUGAACUCCAGUUUUCACAUGCAUAUUAAGUUCUCAAGCUGCGUACAGAUCUUGUGAAAAGUUCAUGA